AUACUGAUAUUAGAAUUUUUCCACAUAUUCAAAUCAUCUAGAAGGGACUUUGUUUAGCUUCACAAUAAAUUUGAGAUACUUUUAGAUGAUUUGGACUUGAUGCGUGAAAAAUACUAAUAUCGGUACCAUGACUUGAAUGGGAUUUGUGCCACAAAUGUUAAAACGGUGCCAGGGGAAUAAAACCAAAGCAUGGAUUGCUGUCCUACCUUGUCCACAGACUGCUUAUGCUGUGUUCAAGACAACUCGUAAACUCCGAACCUCAGAGUUUGCGUAAGUUUUUAGUGUAGGGCUUCCUAUUGGUUGCUUUUAAUACUUUCCAAGUGGGAACUCUGACCUCAUCUUUCUACAACGAGUUUCCAAGUUGGACAUUUCAGAGUUUCCUAGUUCUGAGUUUUCUUGAACGCAGCGUUACAGUGUAAAGAAACCAAUGUGUAAUUUGGGUGAACUAUCCCUUUAAGUACAGUGCUGUUGAACGAGAGGGAUACUGUGGGUGAAACUGCAUGUAGUACCACCGAUUAACGUUAGGUGGCGCCAUGGUCUAAUAUAAAAGUAUAUCUUCGAGUUUACAGUAGGUAUUGAAAACAUCAUCAACCUUGGCUUGAACACCGCAAACUCAAAUAACGGCAAGAGCGAGGCAACACCAGCACGUUGUGGAAGCGUUUUUACACAAUUCUCUGCCAUGCAGCUUGGUACUUAAUGAAAGACUGUGCGCAUAGACUGCUCCAGUUGCCUUUUCUUGUUAGUUUUCCUUCGGUUUCCAAGACACAGCAUUGUAUUUGUUUGACAGCGCAUCCUUGACCAGUUUGGAAUCGAACCCACGGUUGAGAGAUGGAAAAGGAAAAUAAACAAGGAUCAUCACAUCAGUACGGCUCUCUGGAAUGCACUAAAUGGAAUACAGACAAUUCCAAAACAGAAGAGGACAUCGUCUCCAUGGCAGACUCCACCAUCACCAUAGAUGACAUCGAGGGAGAGCUGUUCAAGAUUGACAGGAUUCGAGAUGUGCUGGUCAGAAGAGAGUCAGAACUCAGAUACAUGAUGGAUGACAUUCAGCUGUGUAAGGAAAUCACUCGCCUCAAGAAGGAGCUCCAGAAACUGGUGUCCGUACCAGACAAUGACAAGUCCAACGAGGACAGACAGAAAGAGGAGGAUCUUCUCCAGCAGAUCCACAAGCUGGUGGAGACCAGAGAUUUCCUUGUUGACGAUGUGGAGUUUGAGAGGCUAAGGGAAAGGGAGGAGGACAAAGAAAUGGCUGAUUUCCUCCAGUCCAAGUUCCCCAGAAACUCCAAGAAGAAAGGUCAGAUUCCAGCCAGACGGCUAACGUCCAGGGCCCAGCAGACCUCGUCCCCCUUCACCAAGACAGGCCUGUCCCUGCUGAAGGAGUGCUGUGGCUUCACCUGCUCCAUCAUGUAGGACGGGCCCUCAGGGGCUCUACCAUGGAGCCAAAAUAGAACCCUGUUGCAUCACAGUUUCAGCUUUCCAACCCGAGAAACACUUGAAGUACGGACAGACAACGAGCCAGUGGAGAAUGUUCAAGGAUAGGUUGGGGAUGUCGCCAGGGUGAGAUUGAUGGUGUUUUAUCUCCCAGUCUAUGCUGCAUCCCGUCUGGGCUGUGUUUCUCUUUCACUCCUUUGUUUCUGUCUCUCUCCCUGUCUCUCUCCCUGUCCAACCCUGUCUCUCUGUCUCUCUAUCUCUCUCUGUCUUCUCUCCAUCAUUAGGGCUCCAGUCCUAUCUGCACUUCUAGUUGGGUUCUAUACCCAGUGUCCCCUUUCCGCAUCAGGCUCAUCCCCCAUGAGGCUGUGCAAUGAUCUUCCGUUGUCUGUAUCAGACUAUUCUCAUUCAUCAUUGUCAGAGUCCCUCCUACUGUCCCCGCCUCUCAAUGGUGUCACCAAUGUUCUCAGAGCUGUUCAUUCUGGACUAUCUCUCUGGCUUUGGUACCACUGUCCCUAGAACCUGUCCCUUCAUGAAGAUUGGAUGUAAACGUAAUUUGCAUGAGUCAGAUAUUGCUAUCAAAUGACGUACAAAGCGCUGCUUGUCUACCAGUGACAGAUGUUAAAUAUUGCUGCCCCGGUGUAGAUGAUUAUUUAUGAUGCAUGAGACUAAACCCAACAGUGAAGAUGUACUAUACAGUAUUUUCUAAUUGGAACAUCAUACAUACAUCUCUUUAAGCCCUGUUUAGCCUCCCUAACUCUUUUACAUUUCAAAUUGCUGUAGUUGCCUUUGAACAGACUUCCCACUGGCUCAAUAAUUCAUAGUCACCGUUAAUUGAUGGCAGCCUAAUCAUUGCUGCCAGGUCAACGUUAGCCAGACAUGCAACUGAUGGGCUAAUUAACGUUUGGUGAUAAGAUUAGGGUUUCAUGAUAACAUGACACUAACGUCAGAAUUUAGGCAACUCACUGAAAAGAAGUCAUUAGUCACUGAUUUGACAGCCAUUGUCCAAUGAAGAGGCCUUUAGGAGUGACUGAACAUACCGAACAACAGAGCUUAACAGAUGACUCAUCACUCGCUUCCUUUCUUGCUGUUGUUGUUAUUCAAUACAUACACUCAAAGUAUAUCUUUUAUGGGACUACAAAAUGAGUCGUCCUUCCACAUUGCUGACUUUACACAAGCUAGAGGUUAGUGUACACUAUACCAAUCAGCAGAAAAGGUUUCCACCGUAACAACAGUCAUUUUGAGUGGAACUGCAGCUCACUGCAGCUAACAUUGUUACACUGUAUUACUGACUGCAUGCUAUUACUGACUGCAUGUUAUUACUGACUGCAUGUUAUUACUGACUGCAUGUUAUUACUGACUGCAUGUUAUUACUGGCUGCAUGUUAUUACUGGCUGCAUGUUAUUACUGACUGCAUGUUAUUACUGACUGCAUGUUAUUACCGGCUGCAUGUUAUUACUGACUGCAUGCUAUUAUUGGCUGCAUGUUAUUACUGACUGCAUGCUAUUACUGGCUGCAUGUUAUUACUGACUGCAUGCUAUUACUGGCUGCAUGUUAUUACUGACUGCAUGCUAUUACUGGCUGCAUGUUAUUACUGACUGCAUGCUAUUACUGGCUGCAUGUUAUUACUGACUGCAUGCUAUUACUGGCUGCAUGUUAUUACUGACUGCAUGCUAUUACUGGCUGCAUGUUAUUACUGAAUGCAUGCUAUUACUGGCUGCAUGUUAUUACUGACUGCAUGCUAUUACUGGCUGCAUGUUAUUACUGAAUGCAUGCUAUUACUGGCUGCAUGUUAUUACUGAAUGUAUGCUAUUACUGGCUGCAUGUUAUUACUGGCUGCAUGCUAUUACUGGCUGCAUGUUAUUACUGAAUGCAUGCUAUUACUGGCUGCAUGUUAUUACUGGCUGCAUGUUAUUACUGGCUGCAUGUUAUUACUGACUGCAUGUUAUUACUGAAUGCAUGCUAUUACUGGCUGCAUGUUAUUACUGGCUGCAUGUUAUUACUGACUGCAUGUUAUUACUGACAGCAUGUUAAACUGUAUAGGCCUACUGUAAACUGUGUCAGUAAUUGUCAGUAAUUACUAGGCAGUCCGUGUCAACAUGGAACCACAGUUCAGUGUCAAGUCUCUCCAUGGAGAUGAUAACUUUUCAGCCCGAGACUCCACUUGUGUCUUUCCUGUAUAACACAGUGGGUACGUAAUAGGGCACUUAGUAGGGCACUCCAGUGUGUGAUGGUGAUGACAAGGGUCCAGGACGAGUUAACUAAGCACCCAGAAUUGGAGUCGUGAGUGUACACUCCACACACAGGGAUCAAGGACUCUUCAUCGCAGAGAGCCGUCGCCCUAGCAACCACGGCGUAGAUAGUCCGAACGUACUGUAUACAAUGAGAAAAAAGCGCUGCAUUACACACACGCUUGUUUCUGUUGGGUGUGUUUUAAUUUAUUCUCUGAAAUCAGGGUUCCUCUGAAGUCUCCUCUGAAAUCAGGGUUCCUCUGAAGUCUCCUCUGAAAUCAGGGUUCCUCAGAAGUCUCCUCUGAAAUCAGGGUUCCUCUGAAGUCUCCUCUGAAAUCAGGGUUCCUCUGAAAUCAGGGGUCUUAACCUUUUCUUAUCUAUGACAUGCUAUUGAGCGUUGGUACCGUCACCACACCUCAAUUAUAAAACACAAUUUCAUCAUGCACCAUUUUCCAUGCUCAUCCCUUAUUCCCAUAUAGAACAAGGUGGUCAUUUUGUGUUAGCGAGGGGAGGGAAGGAGAGAGGUAGUCUGGCUGACACGACCCACAUGACUAUACAGUGAAGAGCUGUGACCCACUUCGAAAGCUGGUGUCAGCCAGACCAAGAGAGAUGGAGGAGAGGAAGGAUAAGCUGGUGUCAGCCAGACCAAGAGAGAUGAAGGAGAGGAAGGAUAAGCUGGUGUCAGCCAGACCAAGAGAGAUGGAGGAGAGGAAGGAUAAGCUGGUGUCAGCCAGA